AUGGUUUCCAGUUUUGUUGUCGUGGUGGUGCAGCCCGUGACGAUGGUGAAAAACGGGCUUUGGCCUGUGGAAGCCGUGGUAUACCUUUUCCACUUGGGUGCUUCGGUGACGCUCAUAUGCCAGUUCAACGGGGUCCCAUUGCGGUACCACGGCGUGGAAGUGGUGGUUCUGUUGGCGAUGGCGGGAUGUUUCUUGCUGGGGGUUGUUUUGGGGAAGCCGGGAAAAUUGGAAAAAUCGUCUGACGUCGAAAGCACCGUCACUGUGUGUCUGGAGCAGCUUUCGCUCAACAAGGCCCAUGAAAAACCCGAUGUCGCCAACAAGGCGAGCCAGAAAACACUCGUUAAUCGGGAAGCCUCGGGAAGCACGCUUCGAAGCGACAACAGCGAGCCGGAAAUGGUGUCCAAAGCCAUGGCACUGAACUCGCUUGAAGACUACUGUGAGCACAACUGGAUGAGCCCACAGUUGGACUAUUCGCUGGUUCCUCUGCUCAAUGGCCCGGAAAACAGCGUCCAUCGUCUGAAGCUGGUGAGCCAGCUCCAUGUGAACAAACGGCUGCCGAAAAAACGCAAGUGGCAGCUGAUCCACGACGAGAAGGUGUUUUUGCUGAGCGUGAGUGAAAAUCUCCUUCCGUCGGUGCUCAAGCUGAGCGAAAGCCCGAUCCAGGCCAGCAAACGGAGUAUGGAGAAUUUCAGGGCUUCUGGAGAGUUCGACGGCAGCCCCGUCCGGACCCAGUACCACACGCCUCGAGCCUCGCCGAGUCGAGAAUCGUUCGAGAAAGCAAAAUCCACUUUUGACCGCCACAGCGCUAUAUUGGAAGGCCCCGACCGCCACAGCGCCAUCAUGGAGGGCCUAGAGGAGAUCCCCACGGCGCAGGCGCCGCCCUGGACGAAGCAGGGCACGGGACUUCGGCUGAUUCUGCUUCAGGACUGGGAACGCAACAAGCAGUGGUUUGCGCCGGGCAGUUUCCACGACGGGGUGGAUUAUGAAAAUUUCGGCAGGGCCGGCGAAAGCGACAAGGAAGAUUUUGAUAAUUUCGGCAAAUCCAGAGACGAGGUGACUUUUGAUAAUUUCGGCAAAUCCAGAGACGAGGUGAAUUUUGAAAAUUUCGGCAAAUCCAGAGAUGAAGUGAAUUUUGAAAAUUUCGGCAAAUCCAGAGAUGAGGAUUUUGAAAAAUUCAACAAGUCCACCGAGGUCUUCCCAGAAACUGUGGACCGCCUUGGUGACCGCCUUGACCGUCUCACAGUAACCGAAAAAGACAGACCUUCCAGCAUCCUCCUGGGGGCACCCUCCCUCCACACAUACAGACGAAACUCCGAAGGCUCCAACCGCCGCCUGGUGUACGCCCAGGAGCUGCUUGAAAACGCCCUCACCCACUGCGUCACUCCGACUGCAAGGGUGCCUGAGCUCCCCAGUAUCCAGUCGACCAACUCGUCGCCAAUCAAAAGGGUAAUGGGAAUGUUCCGCCGGCGGGGCCUGGAGGCCGAGUUCGCCGGGCCAAACUACAGUUUCGGCUACCACAAGCACAACGACCUGGUUGCAAAUUCCACCAUUUCCCACCCGAUUCUGGUGGCCUCGGGCAAAUCGUCGUCCGGGCUGCCCCGAAAAGCCAUUAAAUCGUUUUUGAAGCUGCACAAGUCCGGAAGCAGCUUCACGUAUACCCCCCACAAUCCUCCGCCUGUUCCUCCAGCACCUCCGCCAAUUCCCAUUUUGUUCAACAUGCCCAAAGACCCGCUCUUUCGCCACAGCACCGAGCUCAUGCAGCCGUUCCGGGUCCCCUCUGACGAGUGGGACAUGAGCGAGGCCACGGCUCUGGACCAGCUGAGGGUGAGCAGUUUGCCGAGUGCUAUUAUUGGGGAGUACGAUAAGGAGAAGUGGCGGAAGUUGAAGGAGUUGGAGGAAGCCAGUGAGGCCUUCAAGGCCGAGCUGGCUGAGGCGGCAGUGGACGUUUAA